UAACAAAACUUUCCAGGAGUCGAACCCCUACCGGAGAGUGGAGAGAAUUUAAGGGUAUAGAUCUAGAUAGGGGGCGGCGUUGGUCCUGCUCACUGAUCGCAGAGAAAAAUCUCUUUAAAAUCUUGACAUAUUUGUUGAUUUCCUCUUAGAAUUUAGGAUUUCCCAUGAUACGAGUAAAGGGUUGAGGCUGUUAAACAGAGUACAAAGAAGAUAGGCAAAGAUCUCCUCGGUGUUCGUGUAGGUAGUAGUAGAUCUUUUUUUGUGAUGGUGAUGGUGGAUUGAAGUUAGGAUUAGUAGAAUCAUAUGCCUGCACUUCUUUUACUCCAGUAGUAGUUUUACAUCACACCACUGCUGGAUGAUCUUGACUGGACUUUAUAUUAGAUAUAGAGAGAUAAGCCUCGAGCUUAUCAAAUACAAUAAGCUUUACAUUUAUAAAGGGAUCUUCACAAAUGAAAUGUGCAAUGGAUCCUAAUACCAUUUACUCGCCUUUAAUGAAGAAUUAAUCGAGAGGAAGAUCGAUAUAAUGGGCCCGGAAAAUGUUUGGGUUGCCGCAAUGUGGCUGCUAUCAUGCGUGGCGUUCGUCACAGGAGAGAUUGACAUCGUAGAGGAAAUGAUCACCGGCUCCAUAAUUACUUCCGUGCCACAAAAUCUGACCGUCCUUGAAGGGGAUCGAGCACUGUUGAACUGUUCCGCAAAAGUAGAGUCAGUCAAAUUUGUCUGGUUCACAAAACCAAACCGAGAGGUGGUCCAGGAUAAGUUGCAAGAGGAUCGAAUCGAAGUCAUGCUGGAUGGUCCGCUCGUCUUUCACACUGUUAAAAAAGAGGACGAAGGGUUUUAUCAGUGCUCCGUCAAGGUCGAAGAUGCAAAAAUGACAAAGACUACAAAUACGCAUUGGGCUUAUUUACGUGUUCAUGUUCCGGUCGACAUUUUUAAGCACACCGUCAAUAGCUCAGUCCCGUGGGGGACUCGGUUUGAUGCAGAUUGUGUCGCGAGAGGGGACCCCUUGCCUGCCGUGAGAUGGUUGUUGGAUGGAAAAGAGGUGGGAAAUGAAGCGGAAGAAAUUGUUCAGACAAUGGUGGAGCUCACACCGCACGAGCCGAAUAAAUCAUUUGUCCCAAAGGCAAUUUCAUCGCUGAGAAUAACCAAUGCCACAGCAUCUACUCGAAUUGCAUGUGAAGCCUCCAACGCAGUGAUCACGGGAAAUAUCAAAACAAUGAAAGAGUUUAGAUUACAAGUCACAAAUAUCCCGUCGCCCAAUCAGGAUGACGACUUGAAGUUCAGAGAACCUCCCACCGGACAGUGUGCAUAUUACAAUGGCAAGAUUUGCAAGAGCUGGAUUCAUCGCCAAUUUUGGAUUAAUAACACUUUGGGAAAUUCGGGGGGUGUUAUCAACGAACAAAUCACUGCUGGAUUAUGGAAUGAAAUUAUUGCUGGUCUUCCCGAACCAUGCAGAACUGCAGCGGAGCGGUUGCUGUGCACGUAUGCCUUCCCAAAAUGUUUGUUGAAGGGUGGAUGGGAUCCAGUUGGUCUUCCACUAUGUUAUGAGGACUGCAUUGCUGUCAAGCACUCGUUCUGUUACCGUGAAUGGGCGCUGUUGGAGGAUAACAAUCAACGAGGAAUAAAUCUUAAAGCUCGUGGUCAUUUUCGUCUUCCAAGCUGUGAGUCACUCCCCCACAUGAAUGAUACUACUCGACCCUGCUCCACGUCUCGCUUAACGGAAAUGCCAACAGAAGAGAUUACCCAGGAUUGCAUUAAAUUACGAGGCCGAUUUUACCAAGGGACCGUAAAUGUGACCAAGUCGGGAAUAGCCUGCCAACGAUGGGACAGUCAAGAACCUCACAAUCACAACCGACCACCUCCAGUUUUUCCGGAGCUUCAAAACAGUGAAAAUUACUGUCGAAAUGCAGGAGGAGAAGAACCAAGACCUUGGUGUUACACGACCGAUCCAUAUGUACGAUGGCAGCAUUGUGACAUUCCAUACUGCGAAAAUCCGCAUGACGAUCUUGACUAUGAGGAAGUAACCGUUGUGCAAACUCCGACUGAAACUGCUCUUUGGGACUUUCAAACAUUUAUCCACACUCAAGAGUUCCUCUUCUUUGCUGGGAUUGGCGUGGUCGUCUUGAUGUCUUUGGUCGUAAUGUGUGCUGCCUGUAUCGCAUCGGGGAAAAAGAAGCCACGGAGACCGCCCGGUUAUGACCGUGCUGCUACAAAUGAGGUAGAAAUUGACUUGGACAAAUUGGGCAGUAAUGCAAACUAUCAUCGACAUGGGAGUAGUCUCAAUCCAAAACUGGAGAAAUUAGAGUUUCCUAGAAAUAAUAUCAUUUAUAUCCGAGACUUGGGACAGGGGGCGUUUGGUCGUGUGUUCUUGGCCAAGGCGCCUAACCUCUUGAAAGGCGAAGAAUUCACAAUGGUCGCGGUAAAAAUGUUGAAGGAAGAGGCCACAGAGGAUUUGCAAGUCGACUUUGAACGCGAAGCUUGCCUCUUGGCGGAAUUUGACCACCCCAACAUUGUCAAACUGUUGGGGGUUUGUGCCGUUGGGAAACCAAUGUGUCUCCUCUUGGAGUAUAUGGGGCUCAGCGAUCUCAAUGAGUUUCUCAGAUCUUGCACAGCCAGCAAUUACCGGACGAUUAAUACCCUUUCUUCUAACGGGGAUGUGUGGCGAGAUGUUCGGCUAAAUCAUUUGGACAUGUUGUGGAUUGCGCGUCAAAUCGGAUCUGGAAUGGUGUACUUGUCAGAUAGGAAAUUUGUUCAUCGGGAUUUGGCUACAAGAAAUUGUCUAAUUGACGAAAAUAUGACUGUAAAAAUAGCGGAUUUUGGCCUCUCCCAAAAGAUUUAUCUCCAGGACUACUACAAAGGACAAGACGAUGACGCUAUUCCGAUCCGAUGGAUGCCACUGGAAAGCAUUUUGUACAACAAGUACACAAUUGAGUCGGAUGUUUGGGCAUAUGGGGUGUGUUUAUGGGAAAUAUUUAGUCUGGCUCUCCAGCCCUAUUAUGGGAUGACGCAUGAAGAAGUGGUCACAUACAUAAAGGAUGGAAACUUUCUCCAAGCUCCUGACAAUUGCCCUGUCAGAGUGUAUGACGUGAUGAAAAUGUGUUUCCAAGCCCAACCUGCCACUAGGCCACCAUUCAGAACCAUUCUCCAACUACUUGAGGACAUUUCGAGUGACAUUGAAAGACUUCAAGCCAUUUCCAGCAAGUCCUCGUCGCAACAGUUGUGGCCAGCCAAUUAAACCAACUGAUGAAAAUGAAACUAUACCUAUCACCCUGAUGACAAACUUUUAUGAAAAUACGGAUUUUGUGCGUUUUGUACAUUUUGCUAAAAUUUUGAUAACGUGUUCUCCACUUUUGUAUUAAUAUCUCAUAAAUUGCUCGUAGGUUUAAGAAAAAAUGUUAAGAAAUAUGGAGUUAAAUAUACAUAUUUGUGUUAUGUGUAUGUAUGUAUUUGUAGAGUUAGUCAAUUUAUGUACCAAAUGCUAGUCAUUCGCUAUAAGCAGGAUAGAGAAAGUAACAAAAGUAUGUUAACAAAGACUGGCGAAAGGUGUGCCACAUAAUGUUUUGAUAUUUUUUUGUAAUAUAAAUUUUUCACUUUCAUACAUUUCAUGAUCUAAUAAUACAUAUUACUUAUAUAGAUUUAUGUAAAUGUGUGGAGAAAAUAUUCCGGAGAAAUAAACAUUUCGCGACAAAAAAUUUGCCGUCACAAACCUAAACACAA